AUGGCCUCCAUAUCUCCCGAACAGCUAAAAGUACUCGAACAAACCCGCCAACGCCUUGUCCAAUUAACCCAAUCGCUCGCAUCGCUCAUCAACAACAUAAACCAAAGCGACCCCCUCCCAUCCUGGUCUUCCCUCCAAUCCCAGGCUACUAUCAUCUCCAACAACCUCGUCAAUGUCUCUCAACAACUUACAGACCACCAUGACCUCCUCUCAUCGCUAGUCGCGUACCCAACCCCUCAAUUCCCCGGCCGCACCGAAGCCGCCAUGCUCUCGCAACUGCUGCGCACCAAACUGGAACCGCGUGUCGAGGAUUGGGUCUCCCAGGGCCUGUCUAUGGGCAACCCGGAUGCCACUAGACUUAGAACGGGGCUGACAGAACAGCAGCUGUUAGAGCUGUGGCGAUGGGGCCCCAUCGAAGCGAACAUGGAGGCUAGGGGGCGGAAUUGGGGCGGGGAUUAUACGUUGGAGGAAAAGGAGAUGGGGGUUAAGAAUGUCGUGACGGGACUGAAGAGAAAGCUGAACGAGGAAGAUAGUGGGAGUGAGAGCGGGAGUGGAGACGAAGAGGAGGGUUCAGAAGGGGAAGAGGGAGGGGAUGGGGGUGGGAACGGGAUGGGCGUUGUGGGAGUGCAUGGGAGUCCGGGAGCUGGUGGGGUCCAGUUUGAUAUUUCGAAGGAGGGAGGAUAUGUGCAGUCUACGUCCAUGUCGCCGGCACUACCGUCGGAGGAUGUGUUUAGAUUUAUGAUGACGGGAGCUGUCCCGAAAGGUCGUUGA